AAGGGGCUGGCCGGCGGCGGAGCCGGGAGGAUCCAAAGCUCCAGGCCCUUCUGUCUGAGCACAGCUGCCAGAGCCUUUUGGGACAAGCGGGGAGGUGACAAGGAGAAGCAGCAGCUCACCUUGAAGGACGUGGCCGAGCUGCUCCAGAAGAAGGAAUGUCGGCGCGUGGUGGUGAUGGCCGGCGCUGGGAUCAGCACACCCAGCGGCAUCCCAGAUUUCAGAUCCCCUGGGAGUGGUCUGUACAGCAACCUGGAGCAGUAUGACAUCCCCUACCCCGAGGCCAUCUUUGAGCUGGGCUAUUUCUUCGUCAACCCCAAGCCCUUCUUCACCCUGGCCAAGGAGCUCUAUCCUGGCAACUACCGCCCCAAUUCCGCCCACUAUUUCCUCCGGCUGCUGCACGACAAGGGGCUGCUCCUGCGCCUCUACACCCAGAACAUCGAUGGGCUGGAGAGAGCGGCUGGGAUCCCUCCCGACAGGCUGGUGGAAGCCCAUGGCACCUUUGCCACUGCCACCUGCACCGUGUGUCGGAGGAACUUCCCUGGAGAGGACUUCAGGGGAGAUGUCAUGGGGGACAGGAUCCCUCGCUGCCCCGUCUGCACUGGAGUUGUCAAGCCUGACAUCGUGUUCUUCGGCGAGGAGCUCCCGCAGCGCUUCCUCCUGCACCUCACAGACUUCCCCAUGGCAGACCUGCUCUUCGUCAUCGGGACAUCCCUGGAGGUGGAGCCCUUUGCCAGCCUGGCCGGAGCCGUGCGCAGCUCCGUGCCCCGGGUGCUCAUCAACCGGGAGCUGGUGGGGCCCUUCGCGUGGUAUCAGCGCCACAACGACGUGGCCCAGCUCGGGGACGUGGUCAGCGGCGUCGAGAAGAUGGUGGAGCUGCUGGGCUGGAAGGAAGAGAUGCAAAAGCUGAUCCAGAAGGAGAAUGAGAAGCUGGAUGCCAAGGACAAGUAGGAAGGUGUUCCUGUCACCCCUCAGCACGUCACUUGAGGACAUCCAGCCAUGGGUGUCACCAGCAAGUGUCCGAGGGCCUGGGGGCUCGUACCAGCACAUCUGAUGAGCUCCGUGUCUGUCGUUGGCUGUUUGGAUCUCCCUCCUUCCAAUCCAUCCAUCCCAGAGCCUCUCAGAGGCACUGGUUCCAUGAAGCAGGAGCUGGGAUGCCAUGAAGGUCAGGCCAGGACAGACUGGAGAAUGUUUUGCAGCUCCCACUGGGCUGAGCAUCCAGUUCCUGUCACAGCUCCUCCCCAGCCACUGUUCCCUUGGCCAUGAUCCUCAGCUGCUGCAGGCUGUGUUUAGUCUUCCAUGAAAUCUCUGCUAAUCAGGGGACAAGUCAGGGCAGGGGGGCUGCCUCCCGUUCCCAUUCCAGCUCAAGCUGCUGGGGGGGGAAUUUCUGAAUCACUGGAGUGGUAAUUAUUUAAUAAUAAAGAGAGAUAAUUUGUUUCUGAAUGUCA